UUUGACAGUGGAUUUGGAAGCAUGCUUGAUCGGAAACAACAAUAACCAAUAUAGUAAAAUACAGUUCGAGAUGUCUGAAGCUUGCAAAGAGUUAGUUAAAUAUCUGCAGUUAGGCAGUAGAUUGGAUCUUAAGGAUUACGCACUUUCACAAGUUUUGGGUUUGACUGGUAGCGAGGAGGGUCUAGAUUUUGUAAUUGAUAUUCCAGAAUUAUUACUUAGUUUGUUAACACUACUCUCGGAUACCAAUUUGACUGUAUCCAAGGAAUCAUGUUUGGCUCUUGUUAAUAUUUCGGCGGGAACGAAGGGCGCUGCAGCUCUAAUCAACUUGGACAUAGCCAAAUAUCAUACUAAUAAAUUGGUGCAUGCCCCCAACGAUAUAACUAAAACAGUGCUGAAUUUCAUUCUCAAUAAAGAUUCUCAUAUUGCUGAUCCAUGCUGUAUGAUCUUAUCAAACAUCUCUAGGAAUUCUCAGCUGGUGGAAAAAGUCAUAUGUUCAAUUGAGGAAAGUGAAUUUACCUUUGAUGUGAUUAUAAAUGCCUUCACAAAGAACAAGUACAACAGCAAGGGUGCCAAUUUGCAUUACCUUGGGCCGGUUCUUUCCAAUUUAUCGCAGAGUCCAACCGUGCGGAAGUACAUUUUGGAUAAGGACAAGUGCGUUAUACAGAGAUUGAUUGCGUUCACUGAAUAUAAAGAAUCGGUGGUGCGCAGAGGCGGUAUAGUCGGGACACUGAAGAACUGCUGCUUCGAAGCCGAUUAUCAUAGCUGGUUACUUAGCGAUGGUGUGGAUAUAUUACCUAAGUUGCUGUUGCCCUUGGCAGGCAACACUGAGUACGACGACGAAGAUAACGAUAAAUUACCUGCUGAACUGCAGUACCUGCCCGAGGAUAAGGAACGCGAAGAAGAUCCGGAUAUUCGCUGCAUGCUUAUGGAGGCUAUCAUUCAGCUAUGCGCGGCCAAAGCGAACAGGGAAUAUGUGAGAGAUAAGAACGCCUACAUUAUCUUGAGAGAAUUGCACAAAUGGGAGAAGGAUAGGAAAGCGCUUUUGGCUUGCGAAAAUCUCGUCGAUAUACUGAUCAGAACUGAAGAUGAAAUUUCCGCAGACAACUUGAAGGAGAUUGACGUGCCCGAAGACCUGACGGAGAAGUUCCACAAAAUGGACUCGGAGUUUCUGACCGAGGAGAAUUCAUGAUUGUUUUCAUAUUUUAAUUAAAAAAAAAAAUAUAAAAUAUUUAAAAAAAAAGAGUUUAUUGAACUCACCCGAUAAGAAAUUUUGCU